AUGUUAUCUCAAGAGUUCAUAUCGACUAUAUCCGGUCCUCCUCUCGCCGCGAACACAGCCGUCUCAAAGGACAUCGGCAUCUACUCUCACUCCCUCACCCCAUCCCACACCAUCAAGACAACUUUUAAGAAGAGUUCAACCCCUGUCAACGGUCUAGCCGUCAGUCCGACGCACGUCUUUGCGGCCCAGGACCAGAAGGCGCAUGUUCAUGUCUACUCCCGUCAACGUGGCAACCAAGAGGCCCUCGUACCUUUUCCCGAGAGGAUCCGCAGCUUGGCCCUUGCUGGUCAAGUCUUGGUCGUGGGCUCUGUAGAGGGCAGACUAUUUCUUUGGGAGACAUGUACCGGUAGACAAGUCUCGACGCCGCCUUGUCACGUCCAAGCCGUUUCAUGCUUGGCUGUAACGCCAUAUCACAUUCUAUCUGGGUCUGAUGACUCCAACAUCAACGUCUGGUCAUUAUCGCGCCUUCUUGAGCUUGAUGCUCAGAUGGAACAAGAACCCGACCUGACACUCUCUAACCAUCGCGGCGCCAUCACAAGUCUAACUGUCGGCCCGGGUAGCAACUCGGAAACUAGCAUAUGCGUGUCUGCAAGUAAAGACAAGACAUGCAUUAUUUGGAACUACCAGACUGGCCAGCUCCUUCGAACGUUACUCUUCCCUACCUUUCCUCUCUGCGCACGUCUUGACCCAAGUGCCAGGGCGCUCUUUGUGUCUUCUGAAGCUGGUGCUGUCUACCUGGUUGAGCUAUUCGGUGGCGACAAGCCGUUGCUUGGUUCCCGCAGCACCGAGUUGCCAUCUAUCGUCGUGCAGAUCAACACCCCGCUCGCUGUCUCGGAUCCAGAACUCGGACUGCCAUCCUGUCUCGCUCUAACUUAUGACGGCACUUCAAUAUUGUCCGGCCACACAAAGGGCAAGAUUCUCCGGUGGACUCUGGCCGAAAACGGCCAUCCUACAGACGUUGCGAACCUGAAUGCCUCUGUCACCAACCUAUGUUUCGUGCCUCCGUUGGCAACCGAGCAACCAACCAAGACAGUGUCCAUUGUGAAACCGAACCAGAGUCUAAAACAGUACAACUUUACCGCUCAGCUAAACACAGAUUUGGGUGAGCAGACAAGAUUUGACCAGUUGCUUGAGACCAACGGAUUCCCGUCGCAAUCGCUUGAGACAGCAAUUUCAUCAGUGACAGGUCCGGCAGACGAUAAACAAGAUGACGAGCUUGCGAGACAAGAUGCACAAUUCCGGGCUAUCAUAAACAGUUGCAACCUUCUUCAAGACCCAAUCAGUUAG